GUGAGGUGCAGGCUGACAGGACACGAGAUGCCGUGUCGGCUGGCGGAGCUGCAGGCUUACACCAAUGGCAAGAAGUAUCAGCGGCUGAUCAAGACAGCCAGAGAGUUUGAUUACAGCAAGUUUGAGCCCCACAUAGUGCCCAGCACAAAGAAUUUACACCAGCUGUUCUGCAAGCUCACCCUCAGACACAUCAACAAGUUUCCAGAGCAUGUGCUGCGUCACGUCCAAGGGAAGCGCUAUCAGAAGGCCCUGCAGACGUAUGAGAAGUGCCAGAGGGAAGGAGUGGAGUAUGUCCCUGCCUGCCUACAACAGAAGAAACAGCGGGUGCAGCACCACGAUGACCAAAUGGAUGGGAUCAGGCAGCCUCACAGGAAACAGGAAUUCUGGGAGCCAAAAUCCAGUGAUGAGGAUGGAGAGGAGUCAGAUGACAGCAUGAGUGACCUGUACCCACCUGCACUCUUCCCAGAAAAAAGCCCAUCAGCUCCUCAGGCCACAAAGGGCAGUGAUGACUUUGCGACAGACAGCGAAGAUGAUGGGGCCAAGCAGAAUGGUGCUGUGAAUGGGGACGGUGGAAGGAAGGAUGUCGGCACAGCAGUUGGCAACAAGAGGGGCAAGAAACAGUCAGGCCCUUUAAAGAAGAAAUUCAAGAGCCAUCACCGAAAACCCAAGAACUUCAAGAAAGCAACAAAUGGGAAAUAAAUGUUGUGAUAAACACAUGG